AUGAUGGCUUCCAAACAAAUAAUGUAUACAGAAGACACCCGGCUGUUAUCGAUUCGAGGUAUUCUUAUGUAUGGUGUUGGCUUGCUAUUAGUAGUAUUUCCACUUUGUCUUUUUCCCUGGAUAAUAACCCAAAAAGAAAAAAUAGGCCCCCCCAAAAAACCUAUAAUAAAAGAGAAGCCUGCUCUACCCAAGCAUUCUAAUGAGAAUAAAGAAAAGUGCGAGGUUAUUUCAGUACCGCAUAUAGAAAAAGAUGUCACUACGAAAGAGCAGCACGAUAGAAGUGAUGAGCCAGAAGAAAUCGAUAUGAAUCCGAUUUAUUUAAGUAAAGUACUGAAGUAUGUGUUCUAUUUAGAAACCAACUCAGACUUUAUAAGCCAGGAGUUUUCUAGCAGCUUUAUUGUAAAAAUGGAUAAUAUAGAAUAUGAGAGCAUGGAUGACACAAAUUCUGAAUAG